UUCCGGGCCAAGGUUUCUGGCCCGAGGGGGGAAGGGUUAAGGGCUGCCGUGGCGCACGCGUCCCGCGGCCAGCCUCCCUCCCCUACCCGGGGUUUCGGCGGGGGGAUCGUCCCGGGGCCACGGAUCCCCAGGUUGGGUCGGCGCCGCCACCUCCGUCGAAGCCCCGGCGGACGCCAUACUAGAAACCAAAAUGGCUGCCCCGAGGAAGCCCGCACCGCGCAGCCAGUGAGGGCCUCGGAGAAGGCUUCCCGCCGCCGGAGGGAGGAGGGGGGAGGGGGACCCCGGCCGGGACCUGCUGCCGCCGCCGCCGCUCCUCCUCAGCCUGGGCCCCCCAAGGUAUACUGUUCCAGUUACAGCUGAUACUUCUGUGCUAUAUCUAUAUGUUCUGUGCAACAUUAAAUACUACCCAGGAAAAAUGAUAAAAUUUUUCCUUAUGGUGAAUAAGCAAGGACAGACCAGACUUUCUAGAUACUAUGAACAUGUGGAAAUCAAUAAAAGAACCAUUCUGGAAGCAGAUGUCAUCAAAACAUGCUUAUCACGGUCCAAAGAACAAUGCUCUUUUAUCGAGUAUAAGGAUUUUAAACUCAUAUACCGGCAGUAUGCAGCUCUUUUCAUCGUGGUUGGAAUCAAUGAAACUGAGAAUGAAAUGGCUGUAUACGAAUUCAUCCAUAAUUUUGUGGAAGUUUUGGACAUGUAUUUCAGCCGAGUGAGUGAACUAGAUGUAUCCUUUUCAAUAGUAUGUUGCCUGUUUGCACUCUACCAUGCAAAGCAUCUCCUAUGACUACCUGAGCAGGUUAUACCAGUGGACCACUUUGCUCAGGAAGGCUUUGACUAUGGCAAGAACUCAUAAACUAUGGAGAGAUUAUGAUCUAUGUUGGUGGAAGGAGUUUAUGAAUAUUUGCCCAUCAAAAUAUCAUCAAUCCUCAGUCCUCUGCACACAGAAAAAAAACUUUUCCUUUGAGGAAACAAAAUAUAUCAUGUGUCUACUGUUAGCUUGUUAGCUUCUCACUCAAAUGCAUGGCAGAAAAUGUCUUCUCUUUUCCUGUGUUGGUUGUCAUGGGCCCACGGGAUACCCAUCAAGCGCUUACUCACUUGGUGUAUAACCUCUGUGCUGGAACUCUGAAGUUUUAAAAUAAAUGAAUACCCAGGGUCUGUUUUUCAGAGAGUUAUGUGCAUCUAGAUACUAGAAGAAAUAUUAGCUUUCAGGCCUUUGCCUCAAUCACAGACAUCUGGGCCCUCAGAAUAGAAAGCAAAAGAUAAAUUUGAUCAACUCUUCUUUAGAGCUUUAGUUGGUUGCCAGAGAUCUGAACAGUUUUUGAGAUUUUGAACCAAAGCCAAAGCAGAUAGGCUGCCAUUCCUGUGCCUGCAGUCAUAAGUUCAGAAUUUCCUCAUUCCUGAGGUGACUUGAAUCUUGAAUUUACAGGGUGUUGGGAAAUGACGGUUGCCUGAGGACUGUGGCCCUUCCCGUGGGGUGAUGCCAAUGUCUAGCAUGACAACAAAUCUCAUCUGUUUAAAAACAACUGGCCAGUGGCCAGAAGAUAAAUCUGAAUUGCAGAUCAACUUCUUAGGCUAGAUAGAACAAUCCCCAGACCAGUUUUGUCCUUGAACUAACCCUGGGAUAUUCUUUGGUCUACCUGAAAACCACUUGGGAUGAGCAGAAUCUUGUAAAGGUGCUGAUUGAAGCAGCUGGUUGACAUUUCAAAGUUGUUUACUGAAAGUAGCAAGAUCUGUUUUCACUUAACUUCUUAUGCUGUCCAUUUCUGCC